AUGGCAGACAAAGAUCCUUCACCAGCGGAAGAGGCAGCUGCCCGCGCCAAGGAGAACGAAGAGCAGACAGCCCUCCCCUACAAAUGGUCCCAGCAGAUUCACAUGCUCGAAGUCACCUUUACUGUUCCCGGCAACAUGAAGGCACGCGACUUGGCGAUCGAGUUUAAGCGCAACUUUAUUUCUGCUGGUCUCAAGGGCCACGAACCUGUCAUCAAGGGCGAGACACCCCACGACAUCAACGUGUCGGAAUCAACCUGGUUCCUGACCGCGAACCCGGACAACACCAAGACGGUUGAGAUCCACCUUGACAAGGUGAACAAGAUGGAGUGGUGGGCACAUGUCGUCAAGGAUGCGCCGACCAUCGACGUCUCCAAAAUUCAACCGGAAAACUCCAAACUGGGCGAUCUGGAUGGCGAGACGAGGGGCAUGGUCGAGAAGAUGAUGUUUGACCAGCGACAAAAGGAGCAGGGUUUGCCUACAAGCGACGAGCAGAAGAAGGCGGACAUUCUGAAAAAGUUCCAAGCGCAGCAUCCAGAGAUGGAUUUCAGCAACGCCAAGAUCCAAUAA